UGGCGUCCGACGGCCGCGCGUACUCGCCGUCUCAGAAAGUCAGAAGUCAGAAGACGCCGGAUGGCGAACGCGGACUCAUCGCUCAGCUCGGAGACGGAGACGACAACACGUCGAAUGUGAUGGCCGAGGACGCUUCGCCCUCAUUCACUUUCAUACACAAAGGAUCGUCCCAGCCGACCUGAAAAAAGGAAUUUUUGUUCCGUUUGAUUUUUUUUGCUGUUUUUCCCCGCAACCCCGAGGCCGUUAUCGAACGAGGAAAAUUCAAAGAGGAAAAACAACUGUUUCUGGACAUUCAAGGCAUAAGGUUGCUAUGCACGUGGAAUGGCCGUCUGCCUGAGAUGGGGCUCGGGGCGUUUCAUCGCCCUCGUCGCCGUCUGCGUCAUAACAUGGCUCACCCUCCUUUACACCGGGAGGAGGUACGACGCCUCCGACAUGGCCCAGGGGUUCGCGGGACGUGAGCCGAAGCGAGAGCCCGCGGACCGGGUUGUGGAGGAGGGCAUCGCGGAGGUGGAGGAAGUCGGUGCCAGGUCGUGGUUCAGGCAGAACAGAACGCCGCCGGAAGGCUACCACCCCGACACGUGCAUUCGGGUCCAGGAAGCGACGGCCGACAUCGCCACCGGCCCCAACCUGGCGCAGUUCGACUUCCAGCCUUAUUGGAUGAAGAGCAGAGAAUACUGGGACGCCUAUUUCGAAAAGCGUUACAAAGAAAGCCGAGAAGGAUGGCCAAAGCUGCCUCUGAAGGUGAUCGUCGUUCCUCAUUCACACAACGACCCCGGUUGGCUGAGGACGUUCGAUAACUACUACCAUUACCAGACGCGCAACAUCCUCAACAACAUGGCCGACAAACUUACCGCCUUCAAGAACAUGACUUUCAUCUGGUCCGAGAUAUCCUUCAUGUCGCUCUGGUGGCAGAGCGUCCAUCCGACGAAGAAGAGAAUCGUAAAGCAGCUGCUGAAGGAAGGACGGCUUGAAAUAACGACAGGCGGAUGGGUCAUGACAGAUGAGGCCAAUUCCCAUGUCUACGCCAUGGUUGACCAACUGAUACAUGGUCAUCAGUGGGUGAAGAAUAAGCUCGGUGUUACGCCCAAGACUGGCUGGUCGAUUGACCCUUUUGGCCACGGUGCCACAAUGCCGUACCUGCUCAAAGAGUCAGGCGUAAGCGAAGGCGCCAUAAUCCAGAGGAUACACUACGCCUGGAAGCAGUGGCUCGCUUACAAGCGCGCCGGGGAUUUUUUAUGGCGCCAGUCUUGGGAUGAAACCGGCCGUUCGGACAUGCUGGUCCACAACCAGCCGUUUGACAUCUAUUCGAUCAAACACUCCUGCGGCCCUCACCCGCAGGUCUGUUUGAACUUCGACUUUCGCAAGAUAACCGGCGAGUACACGGAGUACUCAUUGAAGGCGGUUGCGAUCGAUGACGAGAAUGUACGCCAGAAGGCGGAGCUGCUGCUCGAGCAGUAUGGGCGUACGGGGUCACUUUUCCCACACAACGUCGUACUCAUGCCGAUCGGCGAUGACUUCAGGUACAAUCAUGAGGAGGAAUGGGACCAGCAGUACAAGAACUACAAACGACUUUUCGACUAUAUCAACAUGAACUCUAAGGUUUACAACACCGAAAUAGUUUUUGGCACGCCAAUUGAUUAUUUCCGCGAAGUAAAAAAGAGGACAAAGGAAUUUCCGACGUUAAAGGGCGAUUUCUUUGUCUAUUCGGAUAUAUUUUCCGAAGGUAGGCCAGCUUACUGGAGUGGGUACUUUACAACUCGGCCGUACUGGAAGAUUCUAGACAGGGAGCUGGAGGCUGACCUACGCUCCGCCGAGAUACUUUACACUCUCUCAUUGAACAGGGUGCGCCGUAUCGGUGACAACGCGACACUCAAAAUCAUGGAGCGAGACCUUGAGAAGCUACAGACAGCUCGAAUGACCCUGGGCCUGUUCCAACACCAUGACGCGAUCACCGGGACAUCGAAGUCGGUCGUGAUGCACGACUAUGCUUUGCGUUUGUUCCAGGCAAUACAGGAGAUGGUCUCUGUUCAGGGCUACGCCCUCCAGGCGUUGCUUACGAAGCCGCAUCAUUUUCCGAACCUCCCUUUAUUUACGAGGCUCAUACUACCCGAUUCAGAUCGUGAAAGCUAUGAAAAGCUACCUGUCAAGUCAACAAUAACGAUCGAGAACGACACGCCGAGGCGUGUCAUACUUUUUAACUCGUUGGCCCAGCCAAGGCAGGAAGUUGUGAGGAUAAGGGUCAAGUCUGUUCACGUUGCUGUUUUCGACUCACAGAACCUAAUUGUACCAAGCCAGAUCAACCCGGUCUGGAACAUAACAACAACAUCGCAGAAUAUCGGCAGGGUAGGAGAACGUCUCGAAAUCCCAACCAUCUCCACUGUGCCCAACGUAUACGAGAUCGUUUUUGUGGCGGAACUCAACGCCCUGUCCAUAACGACUUAUUUCUUACGCACAGACAUGGAGAAGGCGGCGUCCAAGGCUACCGUCUACUGCAAAGACUGCAUCAAGAAGGGCAUCUUCCCGUCCAACAGUAUGCAACAGGGCGACAUACAGCUUGAGAACCACCGGAUGAGGCUCCUCAUAUCAAGCAACGGUUUUCUACGUUCAAUUAUGAACAAACAGACAGGAAAGACAACGCAAUGCUCAAUACAGUUUGCAGCGUACCCGUCGGCCCAGUUCCAUUCGGGAGCAUAUCUUUUCAUGCCCGAUCCCAACUCGGUUUACCGCGAGAAGGACAUCCUUGAAGAGCACAAAGAGUACACGGUCAUAAUAACAGCUGGGCCCGUCUCAUCCAAGCUCAUCGUCAUGUAUGGCAGCUUCUUGUUGCAUUCUGUCGAGAUAUACCACACAAAUGGCGCUCUGAGCCACGGGGUGUACAUAGAGAACAUCAUUGAUUUCAAAAUGCCGCCUAAAAACAGGGAGACGGAGCUGUUCAUGCGCUUCGUGACAGAUGUGAACAACGGCGAGACUCCCGAGUUCUACACAGACCAGAACGGAUUCCAGACACAGAAGAGGGUGAAAAUCGAAAGGAUCGGCAUCGAAGGGAAUUACUAUCCAAUAACGACGCACGCGUACAUACAGGAUAAUGAAAAGAGGCUUACGCUCCUUGUGAACCACGCCAUGGGUUCGGCGUCGUGGCAGCCAGGUUGGCUUGAGGUGAUGCUCGACAGGCGGACGCUGUACGAUGACUCACGUGGCAUGGGCGAGGGAAUCGUUGAUAACAAAAAGACACUUUCUAAAUACUGGCUGUUGUUGGAGGAGGAUGUCCGGGACGAGGGGUACUCAAGGCCGACCUUACUUGCGAACCACCUCUCGCUCGGGCUUCUCUACCCAACGAACGUUUUCUUCCUUGACAUCCAGAACCAGGAGACUUCGACGCCGCCCAGGCCCGAGAGGUACUACACAUCGCACAGUUUCCUCACUGAAGCAUUCCCUUGCGACGUCCACCUCAUGAACCUGAGGACACUGCAGGACCCGCUCUACGACCAUUUCCCGACUCCGACGGCGCUCAUGGUGAUACACAGGCUCGGCUCGGCUUGCCUCAAGACAGAGCCGGCUCUGAAACACUGCCUCGUCACAAGCAACGACAUGCCCCUGAUACAGGGCACGGUGUUCACAAACACAAAUGUGGAGGUGACCCGGCUCACACUCACUGGACUUGAGAAAAUAGAGAAAGUCACCUCGCUCGAUCAGAUACGCGUCAAACCGAUGGAACUCGCCACAUUCAACGUAACCUUUUUGUAAGGGCUUUUUUAACAUCUUUACCCUCUGAAGAGGGGAAAAGGGUUGUAACCUCCCCAAACGA